UGCAGUGAGAUCGUCAUGACGUCACUUCCGCCACACAGCUGAUGAAGAUGGCUCGGUGAUGAUGUUGUUUUCCUCGAAUUUUCUCUCUCCGUGACGCCCGAGAGGAGUUUUGAGCAACGAGACACCUUCCUAAGGGGGAUUUUGAAGGAGAGGAGGAUGCAGCAGCCACCGCCAGUGAUAAAUGGUGGGGGACCGAGGCAGCCACAGCCCCACCGGUUCCCCGCCGCCCCUCCAGCAGGGCCUCCCAUGGGCAUGAAGCCUCCCGGGCCAGGCAUGGCACCCCCAGUAGGCCUCCCAAGACUCAAUGGGCCCCUCAUGAAUGGCCCACCCUCAGCCCCACCUACAAGGGCACCACUUGUCAAUGGCCAGAUGGGACCUCCUCCUCCAGGACCCCCAAUGGGACCUCCCACCCGGCCGCCCCAGGGUCCCCCUACCCAGCCACCACUAGGACCCCCACAGAGACCCAUGGGUCAACUCCCCAUACCCAAUGUGCCUCCCUCUGGCCCAGCUGCCAAGCUGCCCACGGGGCCCAACCUGGUGGCCUCUGGACCCCCCAGUCCUAUGUUGAAUGGACACCAAAGGCCUUCGCCGCCCACCAAUCUCCCAGAGCCACUCUCUAACCGAUCAUCUAACCGGUCCUCUCGCCAGCCUUCCCCCAUCCCUACUCCUCAGCUUGACCGCAUGGAGAUGCAGGCCACGCCUGACUCGGGCCACACACCCAGUGGAUCCAUGACGAAUCUGAGUGAAGCAUCUAGCAUGGGCUUGCUAAACCCAAAGUCUGCGGGCAGCUCAGGGAAGAGCACCCCUAGGAUGCCCUCUCCCAGCAUCCCAGGAAGUGGGGGUACAGCCGCCCCUAUUAGUAGUGCCCCAGCCAAUGUGCCUCCCUCCUCCCAACCUGCAUCUAGUGAACAAGCUGCCAGUGGUUCCUAUGUUAACAGUGUGUCCUUGGACAGAACUGUGAAGCCUCAGCUUCCAAGUGGUGCUCAAGUGAUGAAUGGACUGCAGACUGAUGUGCAUGGGUCACAGUUGCCAAAAACUAUUCCUCCUUCCACCUUCAGUGCAGUAUCACCACAGGUCAACAGCAACCCCUCUCUGAAACCAGAAACGAGUGCACCAUCUCUUGUCAGGCCCCCAGUGAUUGGUGGUCAGAGUGUUCCUCCUUCCAGUGGUCCACCAUCAACUACAGCUCCUUCAGUUUCCAGUGUCCCCACUAGUGCUCCUCAGUUUAAUGGUCCUCCAGUAAGAAGUCCCAUGUUUGGUAGUGGACAGCCCAGUGUCCCAGGCCAGUUUGUGCCACAACAUAAUAAUGUAUAUCCCCCUGCAGGGUCUUUAGCCCAACCCUCCAGACCAGCAGGCCCUACUAUGACGCCAAGGGGACCACAACCGCCUAUGUCGAUGGGUUCUUUACCUACUUCCAUGGGACAACCUCCAACAUCAAUGAGCAUGAGUUCAUUUCCAACAUCAGUGAGCCAACGCCCACCAAUGUCAAUGGGUGUAGGUCCUCCACCAUCUGGAAUGGGUGGUCCUAAAGCAGGUGGUCCUCCAUCCAUGUCAAUGGGUGUACCACCGACGUCAAUGGGUGCCCCACCAACAUCAAUGGGUGCCCCACCAACAUCAAUGGGUGCCCCACCAACAUCAAUGGGUGCCCCACCAUCGUCAAUGAGUUCACCACCAACAUCAAUGGGUGCACCACCGAUGUCAAUGGGUGCACCACCAACAUCAAUGGGUGCACCACAAACAUCAAUGGGUGCACCACCAACAUCAAUGGGUAAGCCACCUUCAAUGGGCCCCCCACCUACAUCUAUGGGUGCACCUCCAUCAAUGGGCCCUCCACAUACAUCUAUGGGUGCACCCCCAUCUAUGGGGCCUCCCCCAUCCAUGGGGCCUCCCCCAUCUAUGGGGCCGCCACCUGUGUCUAUGGGUGCACCUCCAUCAAUGGGCCCUCCACCUGUGUCUAUGGGUGCACCUCCAUCAAUGGGUCCUCCACCAUCAAUGGGUCCUCCACCCACUUCAAUGGGUGCUCCACCAAUGGGCUAUCAGCAACCUCCCAGAAUGCCAAACCAAUCCCAACACAAUGCUAUGCAAGGGACCAUGCCCCGGUAUUCUAACCAGCCACAACCAGCACAGAAAUAUCCUCCUCCUCCUAGGCCAGGAGCACCACCGGGUGUGAACCAGCUAUCACAGCAGCUGGGUGGUCUGUCGGUGACACGUGAAGGCUGGAACAAAGGCUGGGGGACACAGCAGAUAGACCUUCUACAGCAGCGGCAGAUCCUACCCCCUGAGGGUGUGGUGCCCCCGAAGCCAGUGUUGCUUCAAGAGUAUUUGCCUAAUUGUUCACCAGAAAUCUUCCGGUCUACGCUAACAAAGGUUCCAGAGACAAAGUCGGUGCUGCAAAAGUCCCGGCUACCCUUUGGGAUACUCAUUCAUCCGUUCAAGGACUUAGAGCAUCUGCCUGUUGUAAGCUGUAACACGAUAGUGCGCUGUCGAUCAUGUCGCACAUACAUUAAUCCCUUUGUUGUAUUCAAAGGGGAACGAAGAUGGGAGUGCAACCUUUGUUUUAGGGUUAAUGACCUACCAGAGGAAUUCCAGUAUGACCCAGUCAGCAGGACAUAUGGAGACCCAUCAAGACGGCCAGAGGUGAAGGAGGCCACGAUAGAGUUCAUUGCCCCACAGGAAUAUAUGCUGCGGCCACCACAGCCAGCCACUUACCUCUGGGUGUUGGAUGUGUCCCGGCAAGCUGUUGACACUGGUUAUCUUAAGAUUGUAUGCGACACCUUGCUUGCACAGCUAGACAAGAUCCCAGGGGACAGGCGAACCAUGAUUGGCUUUAUCACUUUCUCCAACAAUGUCCAAUUUUAUUUGAUGGGUGAAGACCAAAAGAGUGUACAGAUCCUAGAGGUUGGGGAGGUGUCAGACAUGUUUGUGCCGAAUCCUGAGGAUCUGCUUGUUAACCUGGAGCAAAGCCGCACAUUAAUAGAGGAAUUGUUAUCAAAGUUGCCUGAGUCGCAGGCUGGAACUGUCCAGACACAGUCGGCACUUGGCCCAGCCCUUCAAGCAGCUUACAAACUAAUGAGUCCCAUAGGUGGUCGCAUCACAGUUAUGACAACAACACUACCCUCAGUUGGCCCAGGUGCACUUCAGCCACGAGAAGACCCCAACCAGAGGGCUGGGAGUGAUGUCCAGAACAUGGGGCCAGCCACUGACUUCUACAAAAAGCUUUCCCUUGACUGCUCUGGCCAACAGAUUGCAGUGGAUCUGUUUUCCCUGAAUUCACAGUAUGUUGACAUGGCUACGUUAACCGGGAUCAGCAAGUUCUCAGGUGGCUGCAUCCACCACUUCCCUGGAUUCCACGUGGCCAGGAACCCUCCCUCUAUUGGUCCCUUCACAGCAUGUCUCACACGCUACAUCACCCGCAAGAUUGGCUUUGAGGCUGUCAUGAGAAUCAGAGCAACGCGGGGACUAGCCAUCACAAAUUUCCAUGGUAACUUCUUUGUGCGGUCUACGGAUUUGCUUUCCCUGCCUAACAUCAACCCAGAUGCUGGCUUUGGUAUGCAAGUCAACAUAGAAGAGCCGCUCCACAGCAUCCGAACUGCUUGCUUCCAGGCAGCUCUCCUCUACACAUCCAGUAGAGGCGAGAGACGCAUCCGGGUGCACACACUAUGCCUGCCAGUCACUCCAAACAUCCAUGAGGUUGUGACAUCAGGCGACCAACAGGCAGUGAUUGGCUUGUUGGCCAAGAUGGCAGUGGAUCGUUCUCUUACUUCUUCCCUCUCAGAUGCCCGUGAUGCCCUGGUCAAUGCCUGCGUUGAUGCGCUCACCGCCUUCAAGAUGGGACUCUCCAACCCAGCGCAUGGGGCCCUGGAGGUUUGCCCCAACCUGAGCCUCCUGCCACUCUUCACAUUAGGACUAUUUAAAUCUAUUGCUUUGCGGUCAGGGACAAGCACAAAGCUGGACGAUCGGCUGUAUGAGAUGUGUGAGCUAAAGUCGCUGCCAUUGCGCCACCUCAUGACCAAGUUGUAUCCAGAUCUAUACGCGAUCCAUAUGCUGUCCGAUAAAGGUGCCCUCAACAUUGAUGAUCAGGUGAUACCUCAGCCUGGACGCCUGCAUCUAACUGCAGAACGUCUGGAUCGAACUGGAGCCUAUCUGAUGGAUGCAGGCAGCAGCAUUUAUAUCUAUGUGCGGUCAAUGGUGUCCUCAGAGUGGGUGGAAGCAACCCUUGGUGUCCCUAGCUAUGCAGCCAUUCCACAGCCACUCUAUGAUGAUGCUCUUCCUGUGCUAGACACUAGCCAGUCACACCUCCUCCACAACUUCAUCUCGCACCUUCAGAGGGGCAAGCCCUAUCCUGCGCCUGUGUUGAUCCUCAAAGAGGACAACCCAGCGCGCAUGCUCUUCAUCCAGCGGCUUGUUGACGACCGAUCUGAGGGCUGCCACUCGUAUGUAGAGUUCCUCCAGUAUCUAAAGAAAAAUGUUAAAUAGUCAUUUUCUUUUAUGUUAUUAAAUGUUUAGGAUGUUAAAAUAUAAAAGGAAAGUGCAAUUUUUCUUGUUUUUCUUCUUUUUUUUUAUGUAUAAAGAUGUUUUUGUGGAAUGAAGAAAUGAAGUAUAUAUAUGUAUGAUUGAUAACCACAUUGGGUUGGUUGGAAAGGGGUAAACAAGGAGGAGGAGGAAGAUCAAACAGGUAGAGAAGAUACAUGGUAAUUGGAAAACAGUGGAAAGAUAUAUUGUAAGAAUGAUAGACAAGAGGAAUGGGAGGAAACUCAUUUUAAAACACAGUUGUGAUGAAUGGAUUAGUAUAGUUUCUAAGAGGCAUCGCUGAUGUCUUUGUGUUGGUCCCUCAGGGUUCGUUAAUUCCGUAGGAGAAGUGCCCAUUUCACCAUCGUCAAGGCUUGCAGACCACUUGAGCAUAAGACUUAGAAUUCUGAUUUAGGUUUUGGUGUCAUCAAGGAGCCUUAGUCAUUUAGGGCCUCGAUCUUCUUCAAGAGAUCACUUUUGUUUUUUAAAAAGAGGAAAAUUGUCAUGUACUGUCCAAUUUAAGUAGCUUUUUGUAUGGAUUUAAUAAUAGUUGUGUUUUUUGCAUAUUUUAUAUCGUGUAGGGUGACAGUUUUAAGAGAAUAUGAAUGAAGUAAAAUAAAAGUUUUGCUGAAUGAGUCAGUGCAUUUGUGGCAAUAAUUCUGUGACAAGAUUAUCCCAGGCAAGGUUUCCUUUCGCGACCUGAGAAAUCAUUGCCGAGGGAGGUCAGGUGUCCGAACCAGAUAUGGGGUGUGUUAUGCCCUCUAGCAGUGCUGGAAGGGUUUUGGAAAAAAAAAAAAAAAAUAAAAAAGCAAAAUAAAAAGAGAGAAAAAAAAAAAAUGGAUACAGAGAAUGACUGUCCAACUAGUCAAGGAGUUUAUUGGUAGAGAAAAUAUUUGAUAGGAAAUUAAUAUUCUCUCUCUAUCUCUCUUUCUGUCUUACUCUUUUUUUAUAUGUUGUCACCUCCAGUAUUUCACACUAUACUUCUAUCUCCUAUAACAAGUAUGAUGAUAACAGCUCCACCCUCUUAUCAUAAUCAUUAUUCAGUUUUUUGUUGUAUAACCUUGUGUUGGAAAUUGCUGCAAAGAUUAAAUGUUACUGAAAUACAAAAGUUUGUAAUUUGUUCCUGAAGCUGAAGUGCAUUGUAGAUAUCAAGAAUGAAUAUAUGAAAGUCUCCAUUCCAUUUAGUACAGACUAGGGGGUUUCAGAUCUGUGAAUCUUUUGUUAAUGUUAAGUAUUUUGGUGGUUUUGAAUUGGAUAUAGAUUUUUUAAAAAAAAUUUAUUAAUCUUGUUGGUCUAAUGAGGAAGCAUGAAGUCCAGUAUAUAUGGAAAAAAAAAGAAAGACAGUAAGCUGGUAAUAUUGAUGAAGAGAGACCGUAUUUAUUGAAGAAGGUAAUGUACUAACAGUUAACAUGACCAGAAAAUGAGACCAUAAAUAAUUUGUGGUCUUUGAUUUUGUCUUUAGUCAUGUAUUUUGUCACAUCCUUGACAUAGAAAGAGAGGGGGGGAAUAAAAACAGUGAUAAUGAUAGUAGCAAUGAUGGUUAAGAAAUGAACUUGGAUGAGUAGUAUCCAUUUUUCUACAGUACAGAAAAAAAAUAUCAAUGCCCUCUUGAAUUAUUAUAAUUUACAUUACAAGAAUUCUUUGGAAAUCCACAAUUAGUCUUAUUUGAAUUUGUGUAAUCAUUGUUUUUCUGUAUCACUAGUAAAAAAAGAAAAAAAAAUUGUUUUCACAGUUUGCUUGGUCUCUGUCAGUCCAGAAAAUAAUGAACUGGCAUUGAAGUUCCUGUGUCUGGCUUGCAAAAUAUACCUUGAUGUUCAGUGUGGUAGACUGCUGCUUUUGUGUGAAGACAGAAAUAAAAGAAAAAUAAGCAUAAUGAUGGUAACCAUUUAUCUGUAGACAAGAUCAUCAAAGCCCUAUAUAGUGAUCAAGUAUAUCUGUGGAUUUGUAGGUGCUUAUAGACAUUCUAUAUAUAUGGAAAGAAGAAAAAGAUUCCAGCCACCCCCCAGCCCCCCUCUCUGUUUACUGGGUAGUUAGUGGAAAACAUAGAAAUGUUUUGAAAAUGAAAGUAUGAAGGUCUGUGUCAUUGCCUCUUCAAAAUUAUACUUUUUAUAUUGGACUGUAAAAAAAAAAAAAGAAAAAAAAAAAAGAAAUGCAGCUGUUUCAUUUGCAUGUGAAUUAAUUUGUCAAUUUUACUUGCCUUAAAAUAAAAUGUGGGUAGCGUUACACCUAGUCCAUGAGACCUAUGUACU